AUGAUGAAAGACGACUUUGCAGAAGAGGAGGAGGUGCAGUCGUUUGGCUACAAGCGGUUCGGAAUUCAGGAAGGCUCCGAGUGCACCAAGUGCAAAAACGAUUGGACGCUGCGUGCCGCCAUCGUGCUGCUCUACGUCCUUUGCGCCCUGCUAACUAUCGCUGUGGCUGUCCUCGGGUACAAAGUUGUCCAGAGAAUGGACAGCGUCACCGAAGGAAUGCAGAGUUAUGGCGGAAAAAUUAAUGCUGUGGAGGCAGAUUUAAAGAAACUUGACUCUCAGACGGGUGAGAAGUCAGUGAACAGCACCAGUGAUAUCAAGACGUUUAAGUCGGAUCUCGAGGCUCUGCAAAGCCAACUGAACGACAUCGCCAUUAGGUCGACCCAUAACAGAGACGUGUUGAGUGAACUUCAGCUGACCGGCGAUGACACGCAGGACAGCUACGUUUCCUUGCAGAGUUUACUAAAGGGCAAUGCCGCCUCGCUACGUGGUGUCAACCAGACCUUGACUUCAUACGGUGACAUGAUCGGUGACCUCCAGACAGACACAGCCAGGCUCCAGUCAGAGAUCCAAGGUCAGGUCAAAGAACAGGGCGAGGCUCAGGUCAGUAUCAGUGCGCUGAACAUUACGCAGGCCCAGCAGCGAAAUGUGCUGAGCUCGCUGCAGAAGACUGUAGAAGACGCAGGGCAGGUGGUGCAAAAACUGAAAAAUGACUAUCAGAUCCUGCAGCAGACUGCCAGACAAACCCUUGCGGACACUGAUUGGCUGAAAGACAAAAUCCAGAAUCUUCAGGUUUUGGCAACAAACAACUCUGUAUCGGCACGUUCAAACAGUGAAGCCUUGGAUGAUUUGGGGGCUCAGCUUAGUACUCUGGCAAGCCAGAUCCACAACACUUCUGUCCUAACAGAGGGACAUGAUCAGAAUUUGCGGGAACUCAUGGACCACCAGAGGGACCACGAUCAAACCACCUCGUCCAAGUUUGAUGAGAUGGAAGUACGCUUGGACAAACACGAGAGCGGCAUCGACCGAGUAACAGGCAAUGUGAGCUUCGCUACACAGCUGCUCGGCUCCAUUAGCUCGGACCUCAACAGCUUGAGGUCUUGUGCCGAGACGGUGAUGCGCCAGUCCGAUGUGCUUCUUGGCUUGAACAACAGCAUAAAUGAAGCCAAAGCGGAGAGCAGAGACCUGCGAGCUCAACAGGAUGAUCUGGUGGCCCGGCUAGACAAAGAAGUCAACAGCCUGUCUGUGGUGAUGGAGGAGAUGAAGCUGGUAGACAGCAAGCACUCUCAGCUCAUAACCAACUUUACCAUCCUGCAAGGUCCGCCAGGUCCAAGGGGAGCAAAAGGGGACAAAGGACCCCAGGGCCCAGUGGGUCAGUCAGGGCAGAAGGGUGAUAAAGGAGACAAGGGUGUGCCAGGUAUGGUGGGAUCGAAAGGGGAGAAGGGUGCUCCAGGUCCUCAAGGUGGAACGGGUCCGAAGGGUACACGUGGCCCGCCGGGACUUCCAGGACUUAAAGGAUCGCGAGGACCUGGCGGUCGACCUGGAAUUCCUGGGGAAAAGGGAGACCCUGGAGCUCAAGGUCUUCCAGGCAGAGAUGGACUACCGGGUGUACAAGGGCCGCAAGGACCGCAGGGUCUCAGGGGAGCUGCGGGACCUGCCGGUUUGGAUGGGCCUCGUGGGCCUGUUGGACCCAUUGGCCCUCCUGGUCCACCAGGGUUGCCCGGGUUACCUGCACCGGUGCCUCCGACUGUUCCCAAGCCAGUAAAGCCCACUGUUGCCCACAAACCAGCUGAUGAACCACAAAGUGCAGUGACAAAGCAGGCCCAGGUGCCUCCGCCCAACCCCACUUUAGCUCCUGGUUGUCCUGCAGAUUUCAGGAGAUUUGGGGACAGCUGCUAUUACUUUUCUGCUGCCUCUCAGAAGGUCAACUAUGACGAGGCCAGUGCAUUUUGUUCCAACAAGGCGGCUCAUUUGGUCAUUAUCAACAACAAUGAGGAACAGAUGUUUGUGAAGAGCAUCGUCACAGGGAAAGGCUUCUUCUGGCUCGGGCUCAAUGACAAGGAGGAAGAAAAUGUAUGGAAGUGGGUGGAUGGAAGCACACCAGUUUUCAAGAAAUGGAAUCCAGGCCAGCCUGAUAACUGGACUCGUGGUCACCAACAUGGCGAGGAUUGCGCCGGCGCAGGGCACUAGGAAAAACAACAACAACCGCGGAAGGUGACGUCUGUUGCUCCAGCGAUGCCGCUCUUCGCGACCAAUCCUUUUGACCAAGAUGUUGAGAAAGCAACCAGUGAGAUGAACACAGCAGAGGACUGGGGCCUCAUCUUGGACAUUUGUGAUAAGAUAGGACAGUCACGCACUGGACCCAAAGAAUGCCUCCGCUCCAUCAUGAGACGUGUGAAUCACAAAGAUCCCCAUGUGGCUAUGCAGGCACUCACUCUUCUCGGCGCAUGCGUGUCAAACUGUGGCAAGAUCUUUCACCUGGAGGUGUGCUCCAGAGAAUUUGCCAGUGAAGUCAGUAAUGUCUUAAAUAAGGGACACCCUAAAGUAUGUGAGAAGCUGAAGGCACUGAUGGUGGAGUGGGCUGAGGACUUUCGCAGCGACCCCCAACUCAGCCUGAUUUCUGCUAUGAUCAAGAAUCUACGUGAGCAGGGUGUCACAUUUCCAGCGGUGGGCUCUCAGGCAGCAGAGCAGGCAAAAGCAAGCCCCGCCUUAGUGGCAAAGGAUCCCGCCACCUCCUCAAAUAAGAAAGAAGAAGAAGACCUGGCUAAAGCCAUCGAGCUGUCCCUGAAGGAGCAGAGGCAACAGAACCAGACGUCCUUGUCAGGCCUAUAUCCCAGCACCUCCGCACUGAUGCCCUCGCACAAGUCGGAUGGACGCAAGGUACGUGCCAUCUACGACUUUGAGGCAGCCGAGGACAACGAGCUCACCUUUAAAUCUGGAGAGAUCAUCACUAUUCUGGAUGACAGUGACCCCAACUGGUGGAAGGGGGAGACGUAUCAGGGGGUGGGGCUGUUUCCGUCCAAUUUUGUCACAGCUGAUCUCACUGCGGAGCCUGAGAUGAUGAAGACGGAGAAAAAGACGGUGCAGUUCAGCGAGGAAAUUCAGGUGGAAACUAUCGAGCCGGAACAGGAGCCCGUUUUUAUCGAUGAGGACAAAAUGGACCAACUGCUGCAGAUGAUUCAGAGUGCAGACCCUACAGAUAACCAGUCAGACAGUGUUGAAUUGCUACAGCUUGAAGGAGCAUGCAAUCAAAUGGGACCUCUCAUUGACCAAAAACUGGAGGACAUCGACCGGAAGCACUCCGAGCUGUCCGAGCUCAAUGUGAAGGUAAUGGAAGCACUGUCAUUGUACGCCAAACUCAUGAACGAAGAUCCCGUGUACGCCAUGUACGCCAAGCUGCAAAGUCAGCAGUACUACAUGCAGCAGCCCCCCGCCGCCUCACAACAGCAGGUGUACCCUGCUGCUCCUACGUCGGGUUCGUACAGCAUGAGUGGCGCCGCCGUACAGGGUUACAAUGUUCCCGUGGAGCAGCUUCAAGGCCAGACCUCUCUUCCCACUCAGCCGGCACCCAGUGACGUUCACAUGUACAUGGCUCAACCUCCCGUCUAUGCUGCCGUCGCCCCAGGCAGCAUGCCGCCAGGCGACGCUCACGCCUACGCCGGGGGCCCCGGCUCAGUGACGCCAGCACCACCCAACUACUCUAGCCAGAUGGCUCCUCCCUCCGCAGAGCCACCACAAGCCCCCUACUCGGAAAAGGCUUUGCUAUAG